AUGGUUGGCAGGAUACUUAGCGGGGGCUGGACCAAAUCACACAGGUCACCAUAUCCAACAAAAUCAUGUCAUUUUUGCAAUUUGGCAAGUAUAAUAGUACCGCCCCAUCCUGAAGAUGAAGGCAAAGUGGAGCAACCAUCAUCACAAGGCUCUCAGUCAUUACCUCUGAGCUCAGGAUCAGAAUCAAAUUGGUUUUGUUCACGAUGCCAAUGCUGGAAUCGAUAUGAUGAAAAGGAAGAAGGAGGUAUGAAAUCAUGGGAAAGUACAAUGGCAGAUGAAAGUAUUCAUAAUGUUCGAUAUACGAGCACAUUCAAUUCUCUCAUUCGAGAUCCAAUCGAUCGCAAAUCGAUCUUUUGUCAUGCCUGCCAGACCAAUCAAACGCUUGUUCUUUCCAUGAUAUCGAAUUACGAUGAAGACACAAGAGGAUCACACAACGAACAGAGAUUCAAAAGAUGGAGGGAUGAUUUGGAGAAGCGAUAUCCUCCCAUUUGUGCGGAAUGCAGAGAUGAAGUAGAAGAUCGAUUAAGAAAAGCAGAUAAACUUGCUCGUGCGCUGAUCUGGAACAAUCUCUUGCAAAGACAACAUUCUCGAAAGGCAUCACAGCCUGCUUCAAUCGCCUCACUGAGGUUUGAUUCGGAAAUUGCCGCCCAAGCAGCACCAAAAAGGGAUCUGCGCAACGUCAACGCUCCAACGAAGAUUGGUUGGUUGUGGUACAUUGAAGCAUUCGCAUUUUUGUCCGCCUGGAUGAGCGAGGUGCUUCUUUUAGCUUGUGUAUUUGAGGGAUCGUCUUUCUUGGACUUACCGACACGAAUUUCAGCGAUAGUAGUUCUAUACUGGUGGAAAUGGGACCCAAGUGUUCCUCGACAGGUGAAAACUGCUGUCUCUAAUCCAGGUACCACUCAAAUCAAGGUCGAUGGCUUGGGAAGGUGGGAAACAGCGCAGGAAGCUACGCUGGUAAUUCGAAUGCUUCACUCUUGUCAACUUUAUUUCUUGCAGCAAAAGUACCAGGUCUGGAUCUCAACUGCAUUUGUGCUCGCUCAAGCUAUAAUCUCUGUUGUUGGAUACAGAGCGAUCAAGAUUCACUUACCGCCUCGAGUAUCACUGAAGAGUAGGCAUUCUACCCAGUCUUUGCAAGUGCAAAAAGGUGGUCCUGAUUUGAUGCACCUUUCCCUUCAAGACGAAAAGCCGGGUGAUCAACAAGAUCUAUUGGCUGAUCACAAUGCUCAACCAAAUGAAGAUGAUCAUGAAGAGGAAAAUGUAGAUGAUUCUAUGGACUGGUCUCCUACAUUACCCGCUAGUAACUUUUCUAACAAGAACUCUCAAUCCUUCACUUUUGGACCGAGAAGAUUUUUCGAACCUGUCAAUGAUACUGGACUGGAAGAUUUGCUUAGAAGAAAUUUGGGAUUACGGGAUUCUGAAAAGGAUGAUCGAGUGCCAAUGGAUUUAGACGUGCCCAUUGACAAUUCGCACAGGUUGCGCAGAAUGCAAGAUCAUCUUGUUCACCUCGCAAUCGCCGUUCUGAUCGCAGUAGUUUUCAUUGCCGUAUCUUUUCAGCAACAGAAAGCUCAAGAGUUGCUUCAAUCAUCUUUUCUAGAACCAUUACGGCAGUGGUGGUCUUCCGCUUUUGCCCUUGCUCGUCAACGAACUGAUCAUCAAGCUCUCUGGAGGCCUUCCUUUCAAGAAGUUCCGAAUGCUGGAUGA